CUGUUCCGCGAAAAUAUACUGGUGACUUGGCUUGAAUUUACAUGUGACUGGGCAUGACUAGUUAAAUAUUUGGCUGUAAAUGAUAAGUUUGCUCGGAUGUUUAUGUGAGCGCCUCAAUGGGUAUGAAAGAAAUAAACGAGGACAUGGAAAUAGACGAUUGAAAACCGGACUUUUAAACGGCACAUCUGCACCAUGUCGGAUAAACUGCUUGUGGCGGCGAUAGAUUUCGGGACGACGUAUUCCGGUUACGCUUUCUCAUUUUCGCACGAGUAUGCCAGCGAUCAGACCAAAAUACAGACCAAUACAUGGAUAGGCGGUGGACACAUAUCCCUUAAGGCGCCGACGAGCGUGCUGUUCACGCCUGGGAAAGUGUUCCAUAGUUUCGGGUAUGAGGCGGAGGACAAGUACUCGGAACUGGCUGAGGACGGCCACCACGCAGACUGGUUCUACUUCCGCCGCUUCAAAAUGAUGCUUCACAACAAUGAGGCGCUAUCCCGGAAGACACUGCUCGACGACGAGCACAAGAAGCCACUGGAGGCAUUGACUGUCUUCUCCGCCGCCAUCAACUUUCUGCGCGGGCACCUCUUUCAGACGCUUUUGAAACGCGUGCCUGAAAUCGAGGAGGGCGACAUCCACUGGGUUCUCACUCUACCUGCCAUCUGGAACGAUUCUGCAAAACAGUUCAUGCGACGGGCUGCUGAAAUGGGAGGUUUACGGAAUGACCGUCUGAUUCUAGCCUUGGAACCUGAGGCAGCCUCAUUCUGGUGUAAAACACUGCCGGUAGAACGUCUCACCAAAUCGGGAGGGAUGGACAUUUUCCAGCCUGGAAAGUGUUACAUAGUCCUUGAUCUUGGAGGUGGGACCGUAGACAUAACUGUGCAUCAGGUACAGGGUGACGGCAGUCUGACAGAAGUGGCGAAGGCCAGCGGUGGCGCAUGGGGCGGUACUCAGGUGGACGCACAGUUUCAGGCUCUACUCGAGGCACUCGUAGGAAAAGGCUUUAUGACCGAGUACCAGAAGGAGUUCACCGGUGAUUUUCUGGACAUGAUGAGAGAGUUUGAGGUGAAGAAGCGGACAGUUACCAGCAACAAGUCCGGGAUGAUUACCAUGAGAAUUCCGGCAUCAUUGGUGUCAAACUACAAGACGAGGAAGGGGAGACUACUCGUGGACGAUGUAAGAAAAAGUGGUCAUGCUGGCAAGGUCGAUUUCAAGAGAGACAAGAUCCUGAUCGACGCAGAGGUUUUUAAAGGCUUUUUUGAUAAAUCUGUUCAAACAACAAUCGCCCAUGUACGGGAAAUCCUCAAAGGUAAUGACUUUCGAUCAAUUGAUACGAUGCUGCUUGUUGGUGGGUUUGCAGAAUCUGAAAUAGUACAGAACAAGAUAAAAGAAACUUUUCUAGAUAAGAAGAUAAUUAUUCCAAAUGAUUCUGGUCUAGUUGUCGUGAAGGGUGCAGUCCUUUUUGGCCACAACCCGAACAUAGUGACGUCCCGUAUCAGCAAAUACACAUAUGGAACUGAGAUCAUCAACACAUUUGUUGACGGGGUUCACCCCGAAAAGUACAGAGUCUUUGAGAACGGAAGGUACAAAUGUAGAUAUCUGUUUGAAAUAUAUGUACGAGCCGGUGAAGCAGUGCCAGUGAAUGCUGUCGUGUCUAUGGAUUUUAUAUCCGAUACAUUCGACGUUGCCGAAGGAGUUGGUAUUUAUGCAUCCUCAGACCCAGACCCGCAGUAUGUUACGGAGAAAUCCUGCUUUAAGCUAGGAAGCAUUGUUCUUGAGGAGGCAAGGCAUAGACUUCUCAAUGAAAUGCAGUUUGGUGGCACAGAGUUCACACUGCAGAUUACUGAUUUAGAGACGGGGGUGAAGCGUAUCAACUGUUUCGACUUCCUUUCGCAUUAAAAUCGAACCAAGCAAACUUAUGUAAUUUGUUUAAAUUAUAUGCAUUCAUUUACUGUGUGUGCUGACCAAGAAGCAGACCAAUUGAACUUUUUACGAACAUUGUGUUAUAUGAACAUAAAAAACAUGUGUGAUAAUGAUGAAAUGUGAUACUAGUAGCGUCGACAAAACAACCCUGUCUUCCACAUUACACUGGGUUCUGUAUCGGACACAUUAUUGUUCUAGGAUGAACAGUGGUACAAAGUCUGCAUUAACCUAGUGGAAGUAUGUGCCACCCAUAUAACAGGGAAAAUCAAGACAGCAUGUAUUGUGCACUUGUAUCUAGUCAUUAUUCGAGGUAAAUUUGCUAAAAAAGUCAACAUAUUGAAAUUGAUGCAUUAUUAAUAAACACAAGAACACAGCAAGCAGAUGCCAACACAUCCCUGUUAAUCUCAAUUGACCAAGGGGAAUAACUUAACUAUCAUUUUAGCCAGAUUGAUGUGCCUUGCUACAAAAUGUUAUUGUGUAUACUUUUUUUGAGUAAUAACUUCGGCUUUUAAAGGCUUUACAAAAUAUCACUGGAAGCUUCUGAACACAAAUAUACGUAUUCAGCUAACAAUUUAGUCAUGCCAAUUUUACAUGUAACUGCUUUCAAUGUGCUUGUAUCAAUAGUGUGCAAAAAUAAAGACUUCUUAAACAGUAUACAAUUUUUAGUUGUCUUCUGUAUGCCGGUGCGCUGUCGGCAGUAAGCGCUGUUGGCAGUAAGCGCUCAUCUGAUAUAAAUGUUAUACCCCCAGCACUUGGAAGGGUUUUUUAUAUACACCCUGUCCCGUCCGUCGGUCCGUCCUAUGCCAUCGGGACAAGUUUGCUAUUCUCCAUAACUC